GAAAUCAAUAACGAUAAGCGUUCCCGCAGAGAAUAUUACGAAGAAGAGAGUGCGAGUGGAAUGCCCAUUGACUUGAAAGUUAGGAGUGAAAACCGAUGAAUCCACGCGUUCAGCCAUCAUCGGAAUGAUUAUCGGCCAUAUUCCAAGGAAGAAAUCGACGGAGUGAGGUUGAUCAAUCAUGUUUGCCAAGAGAUUGUUGCAGAAGGCCAUUCACCAUACUCAGCAUGCUGUACAGCGUGGUAGUUUAACACCGGAGGACUUGGAUCUCAGAGUUGCGGUUCACUAUGGCAUCCCGUCAACUGCAUCCAUUCUUGCUUUUGACUCCAUCCAGCGGCUUCUGGCCAUUGGAACACUGGAUGGAAGAAUAAAAGUGAUUGGUGGAGAUGGUAUAGAAGGGCUUCUUAUGUCCCCAAACCAAUCGCCUUACAAGUACUUAGAGUUUCUACAGAAUGAAGGUUAUUUAGUCAGCAUCUCCAAUGACAAUGAAAUUCAGGUCUGGAAUCUGGACAGCAGGUCUAUAGUAUGCUGUUUGCAGUGGGAAUCAAAUAUAACUGCUUUUUCUGUUGUUGGUGGCUCCCACUUCAUGUAUAUCGGGGAUGAGUAUGGUUUAAUGUCAGUGAUCAAGUUUGAUGCUGAAGAUGAAAAACUUCUGCACUUGCCAUACCAUAUUUCUGCAACUUCUAUCAGCGAUGUUGCAGGGUUUCCAUUUCCUGAUGAUCAACUCUCACCUGUUAUUGGAGUUCUUCACCAUUCUUCUUCUAUUGGGACUAGUGUUUUGAUAGCAUAUGCAAAUGGCUUGUUUUUACUUUGGGACAUCUCAAGAGGUGUAGUUCUUUUUGUUGGAGGUGGAAAGGAUCUACAGUUGAAUGAUGGACUUGAUGAAUCAUCAAGCAAAGUGGAUGAUGACAUUCCAAUUGAUAUUCUGGAAAAUAGUUUAGCAGACAAAGAGAUAAGUGCCCUCUGUUGGGCAUCCUCCAAUGGAUCAAUUCUUGCUGUGGGAUAUAUAGAUGGAGAUAUCUUAUUCUGGAAAACGUCAAUUACUGCUUCUAGUAGAGGUCAACAAGGUUCGCCAUUAUCUAAAGGUGUUGUUAGGCUACAAUUAUCAUCUUCAGAAAAAAGACUUCCUGUUAUUGUCUUGCAUUGGUCUGGAAACUGUAGAGCACCUAAUGAUUGUGAUGGGCAGUUAUUCAUCUAUGGCGGUGAUGAGAUAGGAUCUGAAGAAGUUUUAACGGUUUUAACCAUUAAGUGGUCACCUGGAAUGGAGGUUUUGAGAUGUGCUGGUCGUACAGAGCUCAAACUUCAUGGCUCUUUUGCAGAUAUGAUCUUGUUGCCAAGUCCUGGUGCUGCCGGGAAUGGUCCUAAAGCAGAUCUUUUUGUGCUUACAAACCCUGGGAAACUGCACUUUUAUGACGAAAGUACACUGUCAGCAAUAAUAGGUAAUACAGACAGCAAACCAUCAAUCUCCCCACUGGAGUUUCCUGCAACGAUACCUACAGCAGAGCCAUCCAUGACCACAUCAAAGCUUGUUAAGUUGCCCACUGGGGGAUCCUUGACAAAGAUUUUAUCUGAGCUAGCCCUGACGAAGCUUAGUUCAGCAGCAAUUCAAGCUCCUAGUGCAAAGUGGCCGUUGACUGGAGGAAUACCCUGUCAGUUGUCUACAGUGAAAGAUGAUAAAGUUGAGAGGGUUUACUUAGCAGGUUAUGCUGAUGGUUCCAUACGCGUUUGGGAUUCCACCCAUCCUGUCUUUUCCUUUAUGUGCCAUUUAGAUGCUGAGUUGGAAGGUAUAAAGAUUGCUGGUUCAUGUGCUCCUGUAUUAAAACUGGACUUCUGCCGUGCUACUGCUUGUUUAGCUGUUGGCAAUGAAUGUGGUCUGGUGCGGGUUUAUGACCUUAAAGGCAGUGCUGAUGAGAAAAGCUUUUACUUUGUUACUGAAUCUAGACGUGAAGUUCACAGUCUGCUUCAAGGGAAAGGACCUCAUUGUAGAGCUGUUUUUUCUCUCCUAAAUUCCCCAAUUCAAGCGUUGAAGUUUUCUAAAUGUGGAGUUAAACUUGGUGUGGGGUAUGGAAGUGGUCGUAUUGCAGUGCUCGACAUUUCUUCAUCAUCAGUUUUAUUCUUUAAGGAAGGCAUAUCUAACUCAAGCUCUCCCAUUAUUUCAAUGAUUUGGGAAGAAAAUUCUGCUGCUACUCAAGGCCCUUUAAAGAGCCCCAGGCACUCAGGAGCCAAAUCUGCAGUCAACUAUGCAGAAGAAACGUUAUUUAUCUUAACCAAGGAUGCAAAAAUCAAUGUUUUCGAUGGUACUGCCUGUGACGUGAUCAGCCCUCGCCCGUGGCAUUUGAAAAGGGAAUCAAUUGCAAUUUCAAUGUAUGUUAUAGAGGGUGGUAUUUCUGUAUCUGGAUCUCCCGAUGAAAAGUAUACCGAGGCAUCCCAAAAUCCUACUUUCAAAAGUGGAGCUGUUCCAGGCAGUGGUUCAGCUGGAUCAAAUUUGCAUGAACACCAACAUCACCCUUCUGCAGAAACACCAUGCUGUGCCGAAAAGUUUCUUGAUUCAUUUGUUCUACUUUGUUGUGAAGAUUCAUUGCACUUGUACUCAGUUAAAUCUAUAAUUCAGGGAAAUAACAAACCCAUUCGUAAAGUGAAACAUUCAAAAUGUUGCUGGACUACUACUUUUAUGAUCAAAGAAAGAGAUCUUGGAGUAGUUUUGUUGUUUCAGUCCGGUGUUAUUGAAAUAAGAUCGUUGCCAGAUUUAGAGUUGCUGAAAGAAAGCUCCCUUCAAUCGAUUCUAAUGUGGAAUUUUAAAGCAAACAUGGACAAAAUUUCAAGUUCUUCCGAACAUGGGCAGAUUGUGCUGGUCAAUAGGGGCGAGGUAGCAUUCCUCUCUCUGUUAUCUAAUGAAAACAAGUUCAGGAUUCCUGAUUCCUUGCCUAGUCUUCAUGAUAAAGUUCUUGCUGCUGCCGCUGAUGUUGCUUUUAGUGUUUCAUCGUAUCAGAAAAAAAAUCAGCAUCAUUCAACGGGGAUAUUAGGUAGCAUUGUCAAAGGCUUCAAAGGGGAGAAAAUGGCCCCUACUGUGGAUUUUUGCACUACUCGUGAAUCUUAUUGCGCUCAUCUGGAAGACAUAUUUCUGAAGCCUCCUUUCUCAGAUUCAUCUUCGGCUCUUAAAAAUACCAAGGAAGUUGAAGAACUCAGCAUAGAUGAUAUUAAAAUAGAUGAUGAACCACCGCCAGCAGCAUCUACUUCAUCCAAUGAGGUUAAAGAAGAGAAAACAGAAAGGCAAAGAUUGUUUGGAGAUGGGAACGAUGACUGGAAGCCUAAAACUAGAACAACUGAAGAAAUUUUAGCUACAUACAAAUUUUCCGGGGAUGCUUCUUUGGCUGCUGCACAUGCAAGAAACAAACUUCUAGAGAGGCAGGAAAAACUAGAGAAACUGAGUAAGCGCACAGAAGACCUGCGAAAUGGUGCGGAAGACUUUGCUUCAUUGGCAAAUGAGCUUGUAAAGACGAUGGAAAAGCGAAAGUGGUGGAACAUAUGAUAAACAUAUCUGGGUUCAUAGGUAUUUAUCUCUUCGCAACUCCUCUGGCCCUUGAGCAUGAGCUACCAAUACCAAGUAGUCAGCAAGGAUUAGACGUGCAGAAGGCGGCGGGUCGAUCUGAGUGUCAUAGUUUAUUGUGAACUCGAAUCAACACACACUCAUUAGUGGAAGUGGAGUUGAGUUCUGUGGGUGAAUAUGGAGUUUUGGAGUUUCUAAGAUGUGCAUGUAAUUGUUAAAUAAAUAUUUUUACCAUCGUGUGAGUAAUUCUAUUACGAGGCUUAUUUAUUUAUCAUGUGAAGCCGGUAGUUGCAGAGGUCGUAAAAAUGUUGUGGAUGAUGAUGCCAAAGCCAGAGGUUCACUCCCAUCACCGGGAUAGGUAUGGUGCCAUCCCCUUUCAUUGUUAUAUGUGUUUAUUCUUAAA